GUAAAUCGCUUAGAGAGGGCUGUAAAGCACUGUGAAACGGGCUAUAAGGCUAAGUGCUAUUGCUCUUAUUCUGAUUCUGGUUAUGAUUGAGUCACCGGUAUUUGCCAAGUUCCUAACAGGAGAAGCGCUUAAUCCGUUUCAGCCUUAGGUGUCUCUAUGGGCCGAAAGGCUUAAGGGAUCUUUUGUUUGAUGGUUUGUGGGUUCACAACAGUUGUAGUCGGGGUUUGUGAGUGGUGUGGAUGACCAGGAGGGGAGGGGGUAGCAGGUGCGGCCUUUUGUGUCACAGUUGCUAAGGAAGGAAUGACAAGGAAAGAGAUUCAGCUCCCAAGACGGAAGGAAGAUCUGGUUCCAGAGAGGCAUCCCGACAUCAGACUGAGGACCAACUGCUGCUGCUCGGACUUUUAUAGGGCUUGGUGGGCUCCCAUUGGCUGCCCAAGUCAACUGACAGAAUGUUCAGGUGGGCAGGCCACGCCCACAGUAAACUCCCACCUUCACUUUCCUUCUGCCCAACACGUAGGAGGCAAUCCAGAUGCUCAGGUCCAGAUGUUAACCUGAAUUGCAGGUGACCACAAAGCCGCUGAUGCUCUGCCAGUUGAACAAGGCCACCGCCCGAGGGACCCUCGCCAGGAUGGUGCCUACCGAAGUGAAGCUGUUCCAUUAUGGGGAUGGGCUUGGCGAGGACACCUUCAAAAUUUGCAAGGAAUAUUUGAGACCUUUUAAAAAGUUCCUUCGGAGGCUGAACUUCCCGAAAGAUUUCCCGAAGGAAAGAAAACUAAUCUGCAUCAGAAAAAACCUCACCAUUCUUGGGGAUCAUAUUAAUAUGUUUCUUCAGCAUUACUGCAAAACCUGGGAACUGAAACACUGGAAGAAAAUGCUGUGGAGGUUUGUCUCCCUCUUCUCAUCCUACGAUGAGAAGCAGCUGCAUAAACUGUACCGAUACAGCAAGACAGACCAAUUCACCAAAUUCCUGAAAGCCUACUGCCAUUUGGAAUACGCUGACUUGACCAGCCUUCCCAGUAACAAAAAAUUGACAAAGCUGCGUGAUCGGUGGAGGCUCGCUGGUUGCGGGAUGAAGAUGAAGGAAUGGAAAGAAUAUUUGCACUCGCUGCCAGAAAGCGGUGAUUUCCCAGAAGGAAACGUGCCUAAAGAAAGGUGCUCAACGACUCAAGACAAAGAAGUUAUGUCCCAACAUGGUGCCACGUGCUACGUUUCUGCUCCUCUUUCUGUUACUAUGAAUGAGGAAACAGACAGCUCUUCAUCAUCAAAUCCCUAUUAAAGACAGACCGUGGAGAAAGGCAGCUUUAAAAAAAAAGUUCAUUAAAUAAGAAUUCACACCGUUGGGACUACUGUACGUCAACUCUUUUGAAUUUCUGGAAGCACUCAAACUUAAGACUUUUGCAGACAUUUAGCAAAAUGUCCAAGAUCCACUUCCUAUGUAGUAUUUAUGGCAAUUGGCAUUAAAUAUAGUGUCUGUAUGGCAAAACCUGUUUUUUCCAAUUAUUAUUUGGAAGAGGUUGCAAAGCCCUAGGGUAGGAGGAGUCAGGUUUGGCCCAUUCCACUUGCUCCAACGAGGGGGGGCAUGAUAGCAGUCUUCCAAUAUCUCAGGAGCUGCCCCAAAGAAGAGGGAGUCAAGCUAUUCUCCAAAGCACCAGAAGGCA